CUUUUUCAAAUCGUACUCCUACUACGUCUGUUUGGGCCAACCCAUGAGCGAUUAAAAUCUACUCGCGGUUUCCCAAAUCAAAUUUAUAAUCUCAGGUUGUCCAGUCAAUUAUCAAAUUAGUGUUUAAGGUGCAUUUUGUUCGAUUCAUACCUACAUACAUACCUUCUUAGGGUUUAAGAUCGCGAGUGAUUUCGUACAUAAAACUACAACAAUGUUGCUAAUACUACUCGCGAGUUUAGUUUUCGUAUUAUUUUUAAUGAAAUUAAUCGAUAAAUUUAAAAAUCAAAGGUUUUAUACUUUAUUGAAGAAAUUUCCAUCGUAUCCGACGUAUCCGUUGAUUGGAAACUUGAACAUGUUGACCGGUUCUCUUAAUGAUUUACUGGGAAAUUUCGAGAAAAUAAUGCAAACGCAUGAUCGCGUCUUUUUUUGGUUAGGUCCGUUCCCUGUUCUAUUUUUGAAAAAGUACGACGAUAUUGCGACUGUAUUAACUCAGACUCAACACCGCGAUAUGCUUGGGUUUGGAGAACAAUGGAUAGGAACUGGAAUAUUAAAUGCUAAUUACGAUGAUUGGAAAAUAUCGAGGAGAGUUUUAGUACCUGCUUUCAGUACAGAAAUGCUUUCAAAAUACGUAACUAUCUUCAAAAAAAAUUCAUCAGCUUUAGUAGACAGAUUUGAAACAUCAGCAGAUUCCGGUGAAAUUAUAAAUAUUUGGGAAGACGUGAUAAAGGCAAAUGUUGACAGUAUCGUAGAAAUCACAAUGGGCGUAGCAAUGCAAGGAACGGAGGAAAAAGGAAAAGAAUUCAGUGACGCGUUGAUAGAGGCAGCUCAAAGUGUAACAAAACAAGCGAUAACACCUUGGUUACAGCCACGUUUGAUAUACAACGCAUAUCUAAAAUUGACUGGAAAAUCCAAGUUUAUUCAUCAGUUCCACGCUUUGCCUACUAAGAUAUUACAAGAUAAACUCAAUGAAAUCAAAAACCAAGAAAAUGCAUCAGAAAAUGUUCAGUCAUCUAAAGCAAUAAUCGACCAACUUAUCAAAGGAGGCUUAUUGGAAUCGUCGUUCACAGAAAUUCGAAUGAGAGAUGAAUUAACACACAUUAUUUUAACAGCAAUCGAAACUACAGGACUGAAUCUUUGUUUCUCGUUGCUCAUGUUGGCCAUUCAUCAGGAUAUUCAGCAAAAAGUUUACCAAGAAAUCGAAGAUCUAUUUACAGAUAACGACACUCUCGCCGCAGAUCAUUUAUUCAACGAUUUGAAAUACAUGGAGCAAUGCAUCAAGGAAACAUCUAGAGUAUUUUCUCAUGCCAUAGUCACCACCAGACGUACUCAUAAAGAAUGCAUGUUGAAAGAUGAUAUGGUCAUACCAGCCAAUACGUUCGUCGUACCACUUCUAUUCUUAGCCAAUCAAGACCCCGAUUUGUAUGAAAAUCCACGAAAAUGGGAUCCGGAAAAUUUCAACGAACAAGCGGUGCAAAAUCGACCCAAAAACAGCUUCAUGAGCUUUGGAUACGGUCCUCGAUCUUGUAUAGGAAUUAGAUACGCUAUCCUAUCGAUUAAAACGCAAAUGGUGUACAUCUUACGAGAGUAUCAUUUGUCAACCAAUAUUAAAGAAUUGACGAAAGAGCAUUUGAAAGCAGAUCUGUUUGUCAGGAGUACAAUCGGUUUUCCAAUCAAAUUCACGAAAAGAAAGAGUCAGAAUCAUGAAGAUUCCUAAAACGUCCUGUAUUCGCUCGCAUUACCAAUAAGAACAUGAUUGAAACACUACCUCUACUUCAGCAUCGUGACUGGUCGAGAGCUUGGAAAUUGCUCAACAUCGAAAAAUUCAUUCGAAAGAUAAAACCUUGUGUUAAAAUAAUAUAUCUACACUACACCUCUGUUGCUUUUAAUUUACUCAAUUAAAUUGUAAAUUUAAAUCAAAUUUAGAUAUAACUUCAUUAACAUAAAAUUUAAUCCUUUAUACUUACUUACAUCCUACCAUCAACCAUGAUUCAUCAGCCUUUUUCGAACAAUAAGUAAGAUGUAACCAAACCAUGGCGCAGAUAGGGCCCGCAUUUGAUUUUCAAAAAUUGACUUUUUAUUAUUUUCUGAUUUUUCACCAAGGUCAUAAUCUGUACAGAAUUAGAAAAAAAUUGGGCAAAGUGUAUUAAAGUGUCCCAAAAUACGAGUAUGGUAUAAUUUUAUAAAACCAUCAAAACAUCUACCCAGACACGAAUUUUUAAUUUUUAUCGAAAUAUCUUACUUCGACCAAUGAUGUAUCAACCAUAUCGCAAAGUGAGAAAAAUAUUCAAGAUCGAGUUAAUUUUUUUAGUAAAAUGUGUGCAAAUUUAAAUUAGGCCUAAUUUGAAUUUAGAGAAUUUUAUUACAUUCUUGAUUAUUUUUUUGUAAAUUUUCGGUAGUUUUUUUUUCUUUAAAAAAUGUUAAACUGAUAAAUAAGUACUACGCAGUAGAUAGGUAGAGGUACCCUAAAAGCGCGUUAUUCGCAUGAAAACAGCCAUAACGUAAUUCCAAUGAAGUUUUUUCAGGCCUAUUUUAAAUAUUAAAAUGCAAAUCGAAGAUAUCAUAGCUCAAUUUAUGUCCCAGUUACCCGGAAGAAUACAUUA